AAAUUACAAAAGUGAAAAUGUCAAUACAAUACUGAAUACACAGUCACACAGAAUUCAGAAUAAAAUUGUGAUUGGGAAAUGUGAAUUGUGAAAAGAAAAGAGGUAUAUUCGGUAAUUCUGUAGUUGGAACUGUGAGAAGAAUAAAAUAAAUUACAAAAGUGAAAGAAAUACUGAGAACAGAACACCAACCAACGUUUGCGUCCAAGUGAACCAAAUCAUCCAACACUGAACACAAUUAUUGUCAAAAAACAUGUCGGACAACGAAGAUUUACUGGGAGAUGAUUUAGGCGACCAUAGCCUAGCCGAUUAUAACUUAGGAAAUGAAGAAGAAGAGCAGCUACUAGCCGAUGAUUUUGACGGUGGUACUACACACAGUGUACCAUCUGGAGGCGCAUAUAUAGAUUCUGCUAAUGUUGUUCCAGCAAAUUUUACUGAACAAAAUGUUAAUGAAUAUCAGCCAGUGCAUUACACCAUGCCAGAAGCGGAAUGUGUGGUUCCCAACAUAACAGUGGAAGUGCCAAAUACAAUAACUCAAAUUCCAACCUAUGCACCAUAUCCUGAGCCUGUGUAUGACCAAGAACAUGCAGUACCACCACCAAUACCGCUGACCCCAAUAGACUCUCCACAAAUUGUGCCAUCAGAGAUAGCCCCAGCAUCAAAUGCAGAGUGUGGCAGGGAGAGGUUUAUUUCGGAGAGACCAGUGGGUGCCCAGCGAACACCUCAAGUCAGGAACAUACCAGAUUCACUUGACAAAGUGUACGUACCUCGCGGUAAUUUCGCACUGCGUGGGAGAAACUCAUGGCGCAACCCACACUUUAGACAAAACCAUCCGUACAAAAGGAAUAAUGUUCCUUUCAGAGGCAAUUUUGCGCCGCGUCAGUCAUUCCCUACCCCGCAUAUAGUGCGCCCCAACUUACCCCCAAUGAGACCUGACAUCCCAGAGUUGCAACCAGAAAUACCCCAACAAAUGCCUCCUCAAUCGCAGGGCCGGCCCUUAUCUGAAAUCAGACCAGACUUCCAAAACUACAGACCACCUUUUCGACCAAAUGUAGACGAAAGACCUAACUUCCGACCAAAUAUGGACGAAAGGCAAAACUUCCGGCCCAACAUGGACGUUAGACCGAAUUUCAAUCAAAAUUUCGAAAGACCUAAUUUCCGUCCGUAUAAUAACAGACCAUUUGGCCCUACGAGGGAGAUAGUUCCCAAUAAUAAUAUUCCCCAAGUAAUUAUUCGUCAGCCAAUGUUGCCUCAUAUGCCCGGGAAAGUGAUUGAACCUGAUGUUAGAAUGCUACCACUUCAGUUGCCCCCGGCAUUACCCGGAGGUAUAACAGGCAAGAAAGUCUUGAUAAAUCCACAUUUCAAGGGGAAUUUUCAGCCUCCCGUUGAAGGACUGCCCACGUACAUUCCAACGCGAAUACAAAAGUCGCCACCGCCGCCCGCGCUGAGCCCUACACUGGAAAUGAAAUUUGGACCUAUAAAGGACAUAGACUCGGCCGCUGAGAGGUUUAUAGCGGAACAAAGAAACGCGCUAGCUCGCGCCGCUCAACGAAACGCGCGACGAUCUCCGCAAAGAUAUAUAGAGAACACGACGAUAAAGAUUGAGAAUGAGUUGGCGCGCAACAAGAGAAGCGAUGAUGACGAACUUCUGCGAAAACAGGAGGAGUUCAUCAACGCUAACCGCGAGGGACUCAGGAGACGUAUGCGGUCGCCAUCACCGGAGCGAAGACGGUCCGGUUCUCAGUCUCCGGUUCGUCCAGUGAGACGCACCCGCACGCGGUCACGGUCGCCCGACCGCAGGCCACGCCCACCUGCCUUCGACGACGAGGAGAGUGAAUAUCGCCGUCGUGUCCGCGAGCAGGAGCAACUGCGAGAAAGAGUGCUGCGAGCCAAGGAAGUUAGGAGGAGGAGGCAGAACGUGACCGCGGUGCAGACACAGUUGAGGGACAGAGAGCCAGAACAGCAAGAGAAAGAAAGGCUUAGGGUGGAACCAAGAUUAGAGCCAAAUAAGGAAAACCCAUCUAGUACAAAGGAAGAAGACACAAAACCAGACACAACUAGAAAGUCGCCAGAGAGGGAGGGAGAUGUAAAGAGUCUGAAGUUAGAGAAAAGAGUGGAGAAAGAAAUAUCUCCGCAGUUAGAGGAAGAAGUUAACUCUACUUGCGAGGCGCUGACGCCGCCUCCCCCGGGCCGCAGUGACACGCCCCCGCUGCCGCCCGCGGCGCGGGACAGUGACGACGACCUGGACCUCAUCCUGGGAGACAUCGAUGGCAUCCUGUCUGACGACGAAGACACGGGCCGCUUCAAAUCCAGCACCGACAAAAAAAGCAUCAAAGAAACAAGUGGUAACAGCGCUAAAGUACCGCAGCUGGAUCUUCGUACGAAGCUGCCUCCGAAACAUCAGGAGAAACCAAAAACUACCUCCAGACAGAAGAUCACCUUCAAUAAUAAUGAAAACAAAAAGAAAGAUAAAUCACCAAUACGGAGAACCAUAGUAACCAGUUCUACAAGAGUGGAUGUUGAGGCAGAAAAACUUGAAAAGGAGUUAAAAAUGCAGACAGAAUACAGAAGGCAAAGGAUCAUUUUUGAUGCGAAAAAGGCCCAGAAACAAGCAGAAGAAAAUAUACAAAAGUCAGCAAACCGACGCGUAAUACUACAGCGUAAGGGGGCCGAGAAAUCAGUUUUCGUGCGAAUGGAAUCCACUGACCCGACAAAGCCUCAUCCGGGCAUCUUUAGCCGGGCCUUCAAAUCACUGGGCACAUCCGAAGUGUCAAAGUCUGAUAGACUGUCAAAGUCGGACGUCAAAUCUGACAAGCACGAGCCCCAGGUGGAGUACGAAAGCGAGUCGGAAAGUGAUGACUUACCGCAAGAGUUGGGUCUUGUCGCUUUCGUCACUAACCUGCCUCACGGCAUUACCGAUACUAGGCUUCGAACGUUGGCUGGCGAUUCUGUGCAGAGCAUGACCUUGGAUAAAGAGGAGCGAUCGGCUAGGAUUGUAUUCAGAACUUCAGCCGCCGCGAGCAAUUUCAAGAAGAAAUUUAACAGCAAGAUGGUCGCUGCUAGUAGGCUUAACGUGCGUUUAGAGUAACAUAUUUGUAUUGAUACAAAAAUGGCUUAGUUAUCUAUGGGAUAAGUUUAGCUUGAGUUAAGCUUAGCAAGCUAAUUGUUCAAAAUUUUUGUUUUGUUAUAGUAGUGUACUACUUUUAGUAUAAAUAUAUGGCGUAAGUUUAAGUGGUGUAACAUUUGACAUGUUUAUCAUUACAAUUCUUUUUAAUUUUUAUUGAUACUUACAUAUUAAGAACUAUUAUUCUAGUUAUAUUACUUUAUUAUAUAUGUUAUGCUUAUAAAACAAUUAUAUUAUUUAAUGGAUAUAAGCAAAUGUGAACACAAUAAUCCAAGUUAUUUUAUUUCAAGAUUUUAUUAUUUAACGAACAACUGAAAUAAAUAUUUAUUUUGAUGAGAGUGAUUCAGUGAUUCGGUGAUACAGUCUGUAUGGAUAUGUUGUACAAAAACAAGUUGAUUUUUUUGUACUACAAAUGUUUUUGUAUCGAGAAAGUAUAUUUUGCAAAAUAAAUGACAGAACUGUGUAUUUUCAUGAUAUUCAAGUUGAAUAACCAUAGGAUGUCAACAUUGAAAUUGUUGUUUGAAAAACUAUUAUUUCUGGUCAACAGUAGAAUUUUCAAACAUUUUAUUAAAAAAUUAAUUUUUUUAAAGAAGUAUGUAAGUGCGCUAAUAAAUUAAAUUUUAAUUUAAUUAAAAUUCAAAGAAGAAACCAAAAUGGUUUCUUAUUUUAUUCUUUUCUCUGAAAUACACAAUAUGAAAAAUGUUUUGUUAAAACUUCAAUUUUAAAAUACAUGUAAUGUAAUAUUAACUAUAUUUCAUUUUGACUCAAGUGCGGUCGCGAUGCGGAUACAAUUUAGUAUAUUGACCUUAAUGCUUAUAGCCAAUUACAAUAGGUAUUCAUGACGGUGUCCGCCCCUUUGAGCGUGACACAAAUAUGUCAUAGAAUUUAUAAUAUAAUUAUAGUAUAAUUCUUCUGGUCAUUCAAAGAUAUUUGUAAAAAAAUAUUUUUUUGCUGGCGUUCAUUGCAAAUAUUUAGGGAUGUAACUUUUUAAACGAUAAUUGUUUUAAUCCGUGCCCUAAAACGAGCUUCGGGAAUUUUUAAGUUUACAGAUAUUUCGAUUUAGUGACAACUAUUACAAUAUAAGAGAACUUAAAAAUUAUCGAAUUGUGGUUAAAUAAAUAUGAGUAGUUAAUACUUGUUUAUAAAGGCGUUUAAGAGUACUCGUUAGAUUUGAGGUGAAAUAUUGUGUUGAAAACCAAUAGAUGUGUAUAUUAUAUUGUAUGUGUGCCUAUUGGGCUUGUUUGUAUUAGAAACCAUGUACAGUUCGCGCGUGAGUUGAAUGCUGUCGGGGUACAGAUCGGGAGACCCUCCCCCCGCAGUCCGCACGACUCACCUCGCGUGCCUGAAGUGUAGUGCUGUGCCGUAGUCGUCGCUCGCUGUAAUACUAAAGUUGCAAUUGCGUGUUAUUUUUCAAUAAUGACUGAUCAGUAUCCAUCAGGUUCUGUUUAAAAAAAACGAGUUUAUAUUCAUCGCCAAGCACGAUAAAUGACGAAAAAUACUUCAAACAUGUGUGUUGAAGAAAGGCAGAACAAACAUUUGAGAUUAAAUUAUUAGAUUAAAAUGGUAAACUUGAAGCAUCGUUUAAUUUAUCGAUACACACAGGUCACAGCACUAUCGCAUUCAUGAAUUCUGCAUUCAACUCGUGCGUAUUCUGUAGUUAAGUGCAAAAGGCACGGUCUUGCUUUAUGACCUUUAUUACGUUUGGCCGCUCAUGCGUUUUUGUUUUAACAUAAAUUAUAAGAUCAUAGAGAUAUCUGUUCUGUGAAUUAUUGAUACUCACAUAAAUAAUUAUGAAAGUCACUGGCAAUCCGAGUGUCCCAAUUAAAAUGUGGCGGGACUCGGCGAUUUACAUACGCGUUCCAUGUUAUACAUAUAUUUACUAGAUAAUAGCUUCUUGAUUCUUAUGAUGUCUUCGCAACAAAAUAAUUAUUUUGUACCAAACAAAAUGGCAUUUAUUCACUUCAAAACCGUUUGAAGUUAAGUUUUGUAUUGAGGAUAUUUUGUAGUAAUUCCCUAAUGUUUUUUCUUGUUUGAACGUGUGCUGAAUAUUUUCCAUCAUCUGGCUGACCCUAAUUUUUAUUAAAAAAAUAUUGACUUUGUAUUCGAGUACUGCAGUUUGUGAAAUAAAUACAUUUACAGUUAUACGCUAAGAAUAACCUAAACUGGAUUGGUUUAGUCUGUCCUUGAUUUGUCGAAAGGAAAACAUUAAAAUGUUUCCAAAUGGCUCUUUUAUUACUCGUUAAUCUUUAAAUUAUACAUUUAUUUAAUUAAAAUGAUUGUAAAACUGUUUUGUACGUUAUAAUCGAUUCAAUAUAGUUCAAGAAAGUUUAUGUUGUGAGAAUUGUAAUGCAACAUGUUUUUUGAAGUGAAACUUCUUUAUCGGCGUAUGACAGAAAUCUUAUAGCAAUGUCGUCACAAUUUUAAAUUACACGCCAUUUUGUUUUUUUAAUCAAAGUUCACUAGUGUCGUAAGGAAAAAAGCAUUAGUUUGAAAGUGAUAAAAUAAAAAUACUUAUUUGUAUGCAUGUCUUUAAUAAUAAAAUAGUUUUAAUUUAAUACGGACAUCUUUAUCUUAAUCCUUAUCUAUGCUAUAUCUGUGAAGUUGUAAAUAGUAGAAAAAUGAUAUGUCAUUAAGAAGUUUCACUUCGUACACGGGUACCAGACUACCUGUGUACUCUGGUACACAUAUUUUUUACUUCAUAAUUAAGUCUGUUUAUAACAUAUAUACUUAUUUAAUUGAUGUUACAUGUUUCAGGCACUUGACACAUGUAAUAUUAAUUUCUGACUAAGAACUGUCGCCUGUUAUUCUAAACCACGAAUUAAAAUUGUUAAGCUUAAUUGAGGUCAAUGACCGAGACCGACGCUAUGCGUGUUUAUCAAUGAUACAAAAUUUAAGGCUUUGUCGAUAUAAUAGAAGUAUUGACAAUACUUUCUGAACUCAUCUCUGGUACGUCGAUUUAUACUAUUUCUGCUAAGUCAUUAAUAAAUAUAGUACUCAAUAUGUACAUCAUAAUAUAUAGAAACGCAUAACGUCGUGCCAGCGAUGCUAUAAUUAUAAUAAAAGCAGAUACUAACUUACUGUUACCUCGCCUGCUAUAAAAAUACAUAUUAACUGUAUUGCGUAUAACCCAAAUAAAUAUUUAAAAAUCUGCGAAUUGUGUUGUUAUAAGAAAUAUGAUACUACAACGAUCGGUUUGUAAAUAUGCACGUGUGUUUGUAAUUAUCUAUUUGUAAAGACGGUAUUUCACUGACGGUGUGUAUGUAUCUAAAAUUUUGAGCGUUGUCAAAACUUCGAAUCAUUGGUAACAAGUCGAAAACCAAUCCAAAAAGAGGAGACGUUAAGCAAUAAACUACAAUAACUGGGCUCUCCGCUACAAAUCCUUAACUUGAGAAGUAUUAAUGGGUGGUUUUAAUUUAUUAAACGAACACAGCAUGGGAUACUUACGUUUAAUUGACUUUUUCUGCAAAUUAAUUAAAAAAGGUACAUAAAUAUUUCAUUGAAAUUAUUUUUCAACGAAGCAUCUGUACAGUAUCCACUUGUAGUCUAGAUACAAUGAAGCCCCUGAUUCCAUAUGUUCGUCACCUUAAUUACCCAUCCCGUAAUCAAUGUUAUCAGUUACAGAGUGACAGACAGACAAACCGAGUUUAUUUCUAUGGCGUCAGUUGCUGGGAUUUAUCUAUGAAAUUUUUGCUAUUUAUCUAUUGGUCAUUUUAAUAACCGAUAUAUAAAUCGAAUUAUUUAAUAAAAAUAUGAAAUAAAGGUGAAAUUAAAUUAAAGUCAUUGAAACUACUAUACGUAGAUAUAAUAUAUUGGUGUUAUAUGCACAUUUAGCAAGUUUUAUCCAGAAUUAUUUAAACAAAUACAUAAUAAUAGGAUAAUUCGCAAUGCAAACAAUUCAGUCACCCAACUGUGGUGAGCGGACGUUCUGAAUAACUAUUAUUCAGGUAUUGAUUUGUGUUUCUAAUGUAUCUCAAAGCAGUCGCCAUUUCUCACGUGGGUAUGGGUUGUCCCAACUCGGAUACGUCUCCCUAACACUUCAAUAGACAUUUGCUGGAUCUAUAUGGAAAGUCAACUUUCUUCCAUCCUCCGCAUGAAUCCUGCCACUGAAUCAUCUUUUUUCACAUUACCCUCAAACAUGCAAUUAAAAAAAUACAAUACACACUUCGUCAGUGCGGUAUCGCCUUAGGAUAUAUAUCAAUCACGCGUUAUGUCAUUUUAAAGCACAUUGCUGUACCGUAGUGCGAUAUUCAUUAUUACAUUACAGUGUAUACUACUUUGUUUUUUAUAUUUUAGUCGUUUAGAUAGGCCGUCAGAUAUCGCGGUGUUAGUAGCUAGCUUUUCAAAAUAAAUAUGUUAAGAGAGA